UACCUUGUUUGCCACACCUCGGCACAGGAAAUUCCAAGAUGGUUUUCCAGUUGGCUCCUCCACUCCUGUCCCAGGAGGGCAAAGCAGAGAGGGGCCCAUGCACUCAAGCCAAUUUAAGAUACAGUGAUUCCAUUCUCAUGCAUAUUCCUGCGUGGGGCUCUGAUUGUUGAGGGGGGUUCUAUAACUUGGAGAGGCCUGGGCUCCUUUGGUCCUGUUGUAGGUAUUUCCCUGGACUAGCCACCCUCACCCUGUUCUUGAAAUGGUUCUGACUGGGUAGAAUUUGGGACUGGCUUAGGGCGGGGAUAAGACACGAGAACACAGAUCUCCUUGUGCUGCUGGAUAGAGAGGGAGGCUGGGAGGAAAUUGGAGACCCCAUCCUGCUGUGGUGACUCUUGCUUAGAGUCUGCGAUGGCUUGGUCUCCACUGUUGCUUGGUGUUUUUGUCUUGCUGUACAUCUUCCCCAGGCCCAGUGCUGGGGACCGUUUUAUGCCCAAGCUGGCUGACCGGAAGCUGUGUGCUGAUGAGGAAUGUACCUAUCCCAUCUCCAUGGCUGUGGCCCUUCAGGACUACGUUGCCCCUGACUGCCGUUUCCUGAACAUACAGAGGGGUCAAGUUGUAUAUGUCUUCUCCAAGCUGAAGGGCCGAGGACGGCUGUUCUGGGGAGGCAGUGUUCAGGGAGAUUAUUAUGGAGGUCUGCCUGCUCGCCUGGGCUAUUUCCCUCGUAGCAUUGUACGGGAGAACCAGACACUGAAACCUGGCAGAACUGAUGUGAAGACAGACAAAUGGGAUUUCUACUGCUAGUGAACUCAAUCUACUGCCUCAAUCUAUCGGCGCUGUUUUUCCUACCGGUUUUACGCAAAUAAAUCAGUUAGAUGUAAACUGCAAAUAAAUCAGAUGCAAACUGUG